GACGUGUUUCCGUUAUUGAUGUGGACCAGUCGCCUUGAUGUAGCCGUCGCGAGCUAAACAAACAUGGCUCAGCUACUUGAUAACACAUUAGACCUUUAUGAAACGUAGAUAUAUCGCGAGGAAAUAUGCAACAGUUCACUAAAAACAUGCCACAUGAAGGCGUAGAUGGAGAGCGAGUGUGUUAUUAAGUUUGUUACCUUAGUGUAGCCCUUUAUGACCGUGUUUACACAUCGCUAACUCUCGGGUUGGCUAAUGUAAGCUAGCACGAUGGACCUUGGAACAAUGUUGUACAAUAAUUUAAAAGAUGUUACCUGGAGCUCGACCUCCCUGCCUCUGGAUCAGUUGGUCAGUGCUUACAGGCUGCCGCAGAUCGUCAAGCUGGAUAACGGUUAGUAAACCUCUUAUAAUGCAGACUGUGUCUAAUGCUGGCUGCUAAAAUCCCUGUUAGCUGUUAGCCGUGGGAGACUCAGCCGAUUGUCUCACAUUUUUCUAUUUUCCCAAAAUACAAAUACAUGAUGCCACCAAUCUCUCAUUAUAGUCUAAAGGAUAGAUUCAACCGUUUUAGCAACACAGUGACAGAAGUAAAACAAGUUAGUGUGCACUGAUAAAUCCAGAGUGUAACUUAAGAGAGGUGUAAAACUAAUCAAUACAGUUUAAUUAGUUUGUAUUAUUUCAUCUAAUAAUCUGGUAGGGACCUUCUAAAGUAAACAAGACUAGUACCAGAAAGCCUGAUAUGUCUACCUGCUUAUUUUUGUGUUGGAAACCAUUAGAAAGAAGAGCUGCUGCUGUUGAUGGUGUUGAUGAUGAUAGUGUGAACAGCCCUCUGCUGAAACUAUUUUCAUUUUACUUCACCUACUUUAAAGAUUCAUUGUGAUUAGAUAUUGUUGAUUUGGGUAAUUAAUCAGUCGAGUGAUGACAUUUUAAAAUGACUAGUUCAAGUUGAGGUGAAAAGUAAAUAAUAUCUGCAGACACUGCAGGCAGACUCAUCAGUGUGGCUGAAGUGUGGCUCAGUAUGAAUGAAAGCAGGUUUUUUUCAUCCUAAAUGACAGCGUAUCCAAUCUAGACCUGUUUCUGGUUAGUGUUCAGUGUUAAUAAUGCAAUGUACAAUAACCAGAUUUGCAAUUUGGCUAUGUGCAAUAUCCAAAUAAUCACAAGCUACAACUUGAGAUAUGUAAAAUAUGUCAUAAAACAGCAUUUUGGUGAAAUGCUGUUGUUAUGUUAAAAAAUUUGUUCUCACAGAUGUAUCGAAACAUGUUUGCUUAGUUCAGACAAGGGCUGCUCAGUCAUGGCAGAACAAAUCAUUGUUAUUACAUUCGAUGAUAUCUAUAUCACCAUUGUUAAAAGAGAUUAUCCAUGACAUGAUAUAAGCAGCACAUGCAUUUAUGCAACUUCAAACCACCUUAAAACUGAAAAACUUUUAAUUCUUAAAAACACUAAGUGGAGAAAAUAAAAAUGUGUGACUUACCUUUUUAUUUACUAAAGAAAGUUUGUCUGUCUAACUGCUUGAUAUGAAAAGUCAUAUGUACUCCAACUUUAAGGGACCAUGCAUCAAUUCUUUUAUUCACUGUGACAGCUUUGGCUUAAGUUUGGUGAUGAUGCCCACUAAAUGAAAGAUCUAAGAAAUUAUUCAGUUUUCUAAAGCUUUUAUAUAACAGUCUUUAUGACCUCAAGACUUGGACCUGUAUUUUAUUAUGAUUCUGAAAGCUGUCUCUCACUUUUUAGCCCAACAGUCAUCAACUUGUUAGCUCUCGUGACUGCCACAGCUUCUCUCUCCUCUUGCUAUUUCUGUCCCUUUGCUUUUUAGACACACAUAGAUACUCACAUCAACCUCCUCCUGCUCCUCUCGCUGCUCUUCUCCUUGCUCUCCUCUCUCCACCUGUGGCUGCUUGUUCAUUUGUACUGCUGUAGACUAAAGAUAAAGCAGUACACCAUUAAUCAUAGCAGGAGCAGCAACUUCCUUGUGCUUCCAAACUUGGUUUCACUUUGAUUUGAGCUGCUCCAUUUAAUUUUAUAGGACAUAGCAGGGGAAACACAGCAGGCAGCACAAUAAUCUAUCACUCUUGGUUGUCAUGUACUUUUGAUCGAGAGGGGCUGAAAUCAAGUCAAAAUCAGAGGAAUUGGCCAUCGCUAUAAAAGGUGUUAUAAAACAGCCGUAUGCUCAAGUGCUGUUGAUGUGUUGGAGUGCUUUAGCCCCACAAAUCUGUCCAGCAGAUGUUUUAACAACAUGUUUGCUACAGACCCCUACACCAAAGCAUCUGUCUCAAAUCUGUCCCAAAAUCAGGAGCAAUCCAAAAGUCUCUCAAUAGAGCUUUAGAGCAUUUUCACACUGGGCAGCUGUGGCUCAGUGGUAGAGACAGUCAUUCCUCAACUGGUGAGUUGGGGGUUUGAUCCCGGUUUCCACUGUCGACAUGCCAAAGUGGGUCCUAAUAUUAAUGGCAGCUUUGAAUCAGUGCAAGCACGUUGUGUGAAUGGAUGAAUGUGACAUGUAAUGUAAAAAUGCUUUGAGUUGUCAAAUGACCAUAAACACAAUCCAUUUACUAUUUAUAUCAUUGUUUUGUACCCAUGCACAGAUGCUGCUGUAGGGGAGCUUCUCUCUAAGCUUUCACACCAGUGUAGUAGGUGGUGGUAUUUAUGAAGUUGGUUUGGAAAUCUGCCAAGAAGAAGAAAGAUAAAUCAUACCACAGGCAGUAUCACACCCUGACAUUUUCGACCAUUCCUCUCAGUCAGAAAUCAAACCAAGAUGUGUUUUCUUGCUUAUUUUGUUGAGCAAAUUAGACAUGCUGACAGCAGUCUGGAUCAGUCUGCUGUGCUGCCUCUAUCCUGGCCACCAAAAGCCUAAAAUGUAACAGUCCAGAUAUGUUUUCAUUUGAUAUCUGUGAGAACAGUCAGCAGGGGUGAGGUAUUGUAUUAGCCAGUCUGAUGAACCUAAAGUGUAUUAUUUGGGCUUAGUGAUAAUCGUAAGAUUAUCCUUUAUUUGAAUGCUCUUUUCAAAACAAUAAUAACCUAAUAAUAACUAUUAGUGGUUUGAAGAGUUGGGAACAGUAAACAUAAAGCUCAGAAGACUCUCAGGUCUUCAUUUAUGAAGCAAAGGUUUAAUCAAAAUAAUGACAUGUUACAAUAAAGGCAUUUAAGGUGAAUUUUAAAUAAGAGCUUAAGCUGACAGCACAAUGUGAAUUUACCCUCAUGUUUAUUUUGGCGUGCACUUUGAAUUGAAGCCAUUUUGAAGUCAGCAGUAGUCAUUUUGUGCCGUAUCCUCUUCUUACAUGCUCUGCUAAGUAAGCCUCUGCUCCAGCAUUGCCAUGGUGCAUUGCACUUAAAAAUAAUAGUGCUUGCUUUUAGAGAGGUAUGGAUUAGGGUAUUAGUCAUUGUCCAUGGAGAAUAGUGACUCCAGUGUGCUGAGUAAUUCAAUGCCUUGGCAUGAGGGUAGCAGCCACAGAAGCUCAGGCAGUGUAAGGAGAGAGCAAUAUUUAUAGUGGAGCAGAUAAGUAACAUAAUCGUUCAGUUGGUGAUACAAGCAUUACUAGAAAAGUGUUGAUUGCGGCCAUUACUUUUACUAGAUUACGGCCAUUUUUCAAGAUGGCCGCCACCUAGGUGGAACAAUAAGGUGAUGUUCUUGUUAAGUUGUCAAUAUAGGCAUGAUAUAGGCAUAUUAUAACAUACAUUUAUGACGAUUUCCCGAAUGUCUAUAAUAAUCAGUUUAAAUCUUUUUGUGGUUCACAGGAUUGCACAUGCCGACUGAAUCAAAAACUAGAAUAAUGUUCUUCAUCAAUCUGCAAUGCUCUUUUUUGUAUCUCUGCAAAGGAAACAGGCAUAGCUGUUAAAGUUUGAUGUUAGUUAAGUUUUGAUUGAGCUAACCAACAGCUGAUCAGAUCGAAGUAUCUGUAUUUAUUUAAACUUCCUGUAAGGAACUUUUAACUAGAUUUGAAAAAAAUCUCUGAUUUCUACUGAUGUCUCCUGUCACCUGAAUGAGCCCAUCUGUGUGAAGAUAAGAUAUUCCUAAAUAUCGUAUCCUCACACAAAUGGGCCAGUGGUCGGGCCAGGACCACGAAUGAGAUGAUUUACUGCACUAAGACCAGAGACAACACGCACGUUUUUUCUCUUUAUUUUGCACUGAAAACGCACAUAUUACUGUCACUACUCAAACAGUGAAGUCUUGCAGCAGGAGACUCCUGCAGACACAGUGUCAUGCUACAGCUGCAGCCACCAAGUGAGAAGCUUCUCCACACUGGAGACAGACAGGCAGAGCAGCUCUGUGUCACUAACCUCAGUAGUCCUGCUGCUUCACCUCUGUCUCACACUCCGCGGCGGGCUGACCCAGAAAGUAGUUUCUAUAGCCCUGACAUGCGAGCCAGAUAAGUUACGACAAUACGCACUAAAACACUCCCGCUUUUAUCCAUAGUGGCUGCCAAAAUCAACGGAGAGUGGAAACUCCUUCCAGCUGUUUUAAGAUGAGAUGUUUUUUGUCUUCUGCACCUUGCAGUAUAAUAGUAUCUCAUGUACUGUAAGGUGUCAUUUCUAUGUUUAUACCUGCAGGCCAGCUGGUUGAAGGGCUCAGGGACAAUGACUACCUCUUGAUUCAUUCCUGCCGGCAGUGGACGACGAUUACUGCUCACAGUCUGGAGGAGGGCCACUAUGUCAUUGGGCCCAAAAUAGAGAUUCCAGUUCACUAUGAAGGUGAGGAACCUCUGCAUGGAUGCUGGAUGCUCUUCCUUUUUGGAGAUCUUCCUCUGUGUUUCUCUAAAUUAAAAUGUCACUGAUGUAAUUGUCCUUUAACAGGUCAGUUUAAGCUCCUGGAGCAGGACAGAGACGUAAAGGAGCCGGUGCAGUACUUCAACAGUGUGGAGGAGGUUGCCAAAGCAUUCCCUGAGAGGGUUUACGUCAUGGAAGAAAUCACUUUUAAUGUGAAGGUACAUCUAAACAUUUAAAGACUUGUGAUGGUUUCUGUAGCUUUGAUACAAAGAAAACAAUCAGAGUUGGACACAAAUCAAUCCUAUUAAGAUUUUCACUCUGACACUUGAGUUGAUGUUUUGUUUAAAACCAUUUGGUGUCACCCACACAAAAGACACAAAUGCAAAAUGUCUUUGUAUAAAAGGGGAACAAAGGUCAUGCAGAAAGCAGUAAAUAAUAAAUAACCCCAACUCUCUGAGAGUAGGGAGGUUGUGUGAAAUGCUUACAAAAACAGCCCCUCUGACUGUCCUUUUUUCACCCAGUCAUGUCACUAAUCUGUUGGGAAUGAAAGCAUUUAGUCAGAAAAUCUUCCUCCUGGUGUUUCUAGAGCAUUCAGAACCUUUUCAGUGAUUUGUUGCCCCCAUUCAGACUUUUUUUUAAACAUGUUGCUGACAUUAAAUAUAAAAUAAAAUUAGGUAAUAUUCUUUAUUCAACCCUAAGAAGUUUUAGAGUCAACAUUUGAUAUGUUGCCUUUGCAUUAUUUCAGUAUAUUUUGCUCCCUAACCUCUCUAUAUUGUUCAACAUUAACAGUGCCUUCUUAAAUAUGGAUGCUACCCAUGAAGUGGGUUUUUUUAUGUUGUCUCUCGUCUUUUUAAAGUAAACUAUGGCUUAGACACCCAACAACAUCUGUUUUUAUUAACAGCAUUUUACCUUUUACAGAAUUUGGGGUUGCAUUAACUCAAAAUGUGUAAAAUUCUGUUUCGAAUAUCCUUCAACAAUAUAUCAUGUCUUCACAGAUGGCCUCAGGAGAAUGUAAUGAAGAUACUGAAGUUUACAACAUCACACUGAGCACUGGUGAUGAGCUGACACUUAUGGGCCAGGCUGAGAUCCUUUACGCCAAAACCUCCAAGGAAAAAUCUCGGUUUAACACUAUUUUUAAGAAGAUUGGGAAGCUGAACUCUAUCAGUAAGAUCGGUCGAGGAAAGAUGCCCUGUUUGAUCUGCAUGAACCAUCGGACCAACGAGAGCAUCAGCCUGCCGUUCCAGUGCAAAGGCAGGUUCAGCACCUGCAGCCCGCUGGAGCUGCAGAUGCAGGAUGGCGAGCACACCAUCAGGAACAUUGUGGAGAAAACACGUCUCCCUGUCAAUGUCACAGUUCCCAGCAGUCCGCCCCGCAACCAGCACGACCUCCACCUCAUCCGCGAAGGUCACCGCUACAAACUGGUCAACAUUCAGACUAAAACUGUGGUGGUGUGCUGCAUUCUGCGCAGCAACAAAAUCAUCCCCACUCACUUCCCCUUCCAUUUGGCCAUGCCCAGGUUUAUUAUCCCAGAGGAGCUGCUGCAGGGGGAGCUGUGGCUGGAUACUAUGGUUCAUCGCUGGUUCUCCUUCUGCCAGGAACAGUUUGACAUUGACGACUACUCUCGAGCUGUCAGGGAUGUACGGACAGACUGGAACGAUGAGGGUAAGAGCCCCAAGAAAAGCAGCGGGAACGGCAGCUGCAGUGGAAACAGUGGUGGAGGAAACACCUCCAACGGGUGUCCUAACCACAUGCACAUCCCCAGCUCUCUAACAUACGCCCGGGAUGAACUCACACAGUCCUUCCAUAGACUCUCUGUGUGCGUGUACGGCAGCAACCUGCACGGUAACAGUGAGGUGAACCUGCAGGGCUGCAUGACCCUGUGUGGAGACUGGGCUCUUCUGCCAUCUGAUAGCGUCCCCUCAGAUGCAGUGGAGAACGAACACUACUUCCCCGAGCUGUUGGACGGCUCAAACCAACAAACAUCCCUCAGCAAGUCUGACGUGCCCUACGAGGAGCUGUGGUUGGACCACCUCAGAAGUCAAAUCCCAAAACCGUCUUUGGGUGAGGGCCUGCGAGGCGUCAACAACGGCUGUUCCUCUACAGCGGCUCUGUCAUUCCCAGUCUCGUGUCCUCUCAGUCCAGAUGCGUCUCUGACUCCGCCCCCUGUCCCACCCAAAUCUGAAGCUGUGAGUACACCUGCAAACUGUUGGACUCUCAAGGGUCAAUGAUGUGAUUUCAGCCUUGGUUGGUUUGGUAACACCCACAGUUAGUUUUGUAACAAGGGGAGAAGUGAAGCACUGCAGCAAACACCCCUGAAGCAGCUCCUCUGUCACACAAACAACAGAGAGAACAGAUGUUUAGGUUUACAGCACGACCAGACAAACUUAUUUCAAUCAGUCAGUCAAUUGUUUGAAGGGAGUGUGAUUUGAAGUCUUUAUCUUUCAGAGCUUUGUCUAAUUCUGUGGGUGUCACGUCAGAAAAGAGCUGGUUCUGUGUCUCCUUCAAACUGUUGCUUCCUUGUUUAGGUGAGGGAAGAAUGCCGUCUUUUGAAUGCACCGCCGAUCCCUCCUCGCAGUUUGAAACAGAUGCCAUCAGUCCCUGUCCUGUCGAAGCCCCGGCAACAAGACACCCGAUCUCCAAGUCCGACCCUCUCCUAUUACUCCUCUGGUCUCCACAACAUGUAAGAACUGAAACCUUUUCAUAUCAGUCACACCUUAAAGAAAUUUUGACCCCACUCUUUUUUCUAAACAGAAUUUAAGGUUGAGAUGACCAACAGCUUUCAAAAGUUUGACAUUUCUAGCAGAUCGAUGCUGCUGACAGUCACAUUCAGAAACAGCAGCCAGACCCCACUAAUGAAACAGUCCUUUUAUCCUGAAGAAGUCAGAACAUACUGGUCUACUAAGAGCAAUCAUUUGGUGUAUUUACUUAACUGUUCCUCUGUAGUGUUUUGAUUGGUUAGUUAUGAUCUAACACAACAAUAUUUGAGGACACACAAUGAUUCGAUUAACAUGAACUACCAGGGCAAUAGUAUGUAAAGACCCCUGAAAUGACUGUUAGUGUCGAAUGAGUCUAUCGGCUGUAGUCACAGAGGUAUCAACAUAAGACACUUACACACUGCAAGACGGGAUAUUUAUGUCCUUGUUCAGCCUCAUCUGCGAUGUGUAACGACCAAAGUUCCAAAGUUGUGUUGGGGGGUUAAGGUGGUUCAUUCUGUAAUUCUGAUUGACCGCAAUCAUAAUUUGGGUUUUUCAUCAGGAUAACAUUUGGAUAUGAACUAAAAGAGUAGGUCAGAGCAAAAAUUGAAGCUAAAGUCUCUUUUUUAAUCACUUCAAGUCCAAACGCUUAUUUAUAUGAAGUUUUGAUUCUGAAAAAAAAUGUUGCGGCCAAACAGCCAUUAUGAUGAUAAAUAUUUUCUAAAUGUGAACAAACAUUUACCAGCAAUGUUGUGCACUUUCCUCUAAAGGGAGAAUCUGCACUUCAGCACCCGGGGGACGUUAUUGUGGGCUGUGUUUGUAGAGCUCUUGUGAAGCCAUUAGCUCUCAUGUUUCCAUAACCCCACAUUGCAAUGUAAAAUCCCACACUGUGACACCAAUACUGUGAUCAAAGCAAAGCAACAAAGGCGUGAUGAUGGAGCUGCAGUUUAAAGCCAUGCUGGACUUACAAUAUAAAAAGUGCUGAAGAUAGCUAUAAAUGCAGUCUACAUGAGUUUGUUCAUGUCCCGCAAACUAAUCCUGUAUCUCUUCUCCAGUAGUGGGACAAGUGAGCCAGAGCAAGCAGCUGAAGCGCAGGAGCAGAGUCACAUGUGUUACCCCUGUAACAGGGGGAAGUCCAGCAACACUGAAGCAAACACUACACUGUCCAGUGGCAGCCUGCCGUCCGAUGGGAUGUCCUCCAGGUUGUCUUGGCCAAAUAACUUCAGCGGAGGAGAAUCCCACGGCUUGGAUGAAUUCCUGCCAGCCAGCUGUCGGAGCUACUACAGCUACCCCAGAAAGAGAACCCCAAGUACCACCAAAACCUGCACAUCCAGCCUGGUGGACUUUGACAGCAGAGCAAAUGCCCACAGCAGUAAGGACUGCAGGCUGCAGAAAGCCUCUGUGAACCAGUUCUGCACCAAAUCUUCAAGUUACAACUCAGACAUGUACAGAGACAAACGGAUAGAAGAAUCAGACACUAAGCAGAGCCUCUCCUGCCCCAUUUUACCACCGAGGACACCAAAAUCAAAUGCUUUAGUGAAGUGCACAGAUUUACCAGCAGAAUCCUCCUGCGACAGCACACAGGAAACAUCCAGCAGCUCACUGACUCAGCAGGAGCAGGGCACUAAAGAGAUAUUUUCCAUCUCUGACUCGCUAACUCCCGACGGUGCAUCCUGGCAGCCUCCGUCCAGUCUGGCUGGACUGUCCAUUGAAGAGGUUUCUAAAUCUCUGCGGUUUAUCGGGCUGCCUGAGGACAUCGUGUCUCUGUUUGUGUCUGAAAAGAUUGAUGGAAGUCUACUCCUGCAGCUGACCGAGGAGAUUCUGUCUGAGGACUUCAAACUGAGCAAGCUGCAGGUGAAGAAACUGAUGCAGUUCAUAAACGGGUGGAGACCCAAAAUCUAACUACAAGUAUAUGUGACACUAAAGCCUGUGUUAAAGCAGAGACAGCUAUGCCUUCAGUUUAUAUGCUAUGCACAUGAAGCCACAAAGAGUUUCUAUUGGUUUCAAAUGAGCUGAUUCCUUGUUACAGUAAGUAGGGGACAGAUUCACCCACUGUCAGUCUUUGACUGGUGUUUACUAACUGAACAGAGUCAUUUGGCACUUUGAUGGAGACAUUUUCACGUCAGCUUCUCCUCAGUACUUUUCACCCAAAGCCUACAAGUGUUCAUGACAUAUAACAAAAAAAAAACGAAUGAAUUUAAAGUAAAACACUGAUGAUUCAACAAGGACAGGAAAGUAUAAUUAAGAGAUUUCUGGUUAAAGGCUUUGUGAUUCUGCUCUUGGAAGAGAAAACCACACCAUCCUUUUUUAAAAAUCACAGAAAACCACACAGCAGACUACUGCACUUUGUUACUUUGAUUUAAAACAUGCUAAAUAACAAGCAUGGGGUUAAUUCCUGCAGACUGUUGACAAGGUUAGGUAAUCAAGGAUGUUGCUGCAAGAUACUGAAGAGAUCACACAUUAAUUUUUCCUCCCUAGUUUUUAAAGAAAUAUCAGACAGGUUUGAACUUCUAUUUAGGAGAAAUACCAACCACUCAAGAGGGUCAUUUUAGUUCGUUCAGUUUAUUCAUGCUUUAUAGAUACAAUGGCUCAAGUUGACUCCAGUGGACUGGCAAGUAUGAGUGAAACAGGCCGUGAUAUAUGCAACUGUCCAGUGAAGUUGUAAAUGUCUGACAUCAUAGAUGGACUUCCUACUGAGAGAGAGAGGUCUUUAGUUUAAUAAUAACAAGCAUCUUUAACUAGGAACCAAACCUCACACUCAAAAACAUUAACCUGACUCUGGAAAAAAGGAGUUUACACUCAGCUUUUAAACAGAUAUGGUGGAGUACGCAGGAUUUUUGCUUCUCAUGCCAAAGUGUGCCAUAGAGGAUUACAAAGUGAUCAGUUAUGGUUGAUCUAUUUACAGUUCAGGGUGGGAGGCGUUACUGCAGCUUUAAGCUAGUUUGCUAACCCCUGAUACAGUCAGAAGCAGAAGUGGGAUAGUGGUGAGACAGAUGUAAUAGUCUGAUGGCUGCUCCGUGUGAACUCUGUUUAAACAUACAGACUACAGUAAACAGCAUCAUCAAAAAUGACUUUCAUGGCUAAACAAAAUAAGUUAUGUUAUAAUAAACUUAUAACACUACAACGUGAAAAGAUCUUGCCCUUACAUUAAAAGUAUUGUGCUACAACUUAAAGCUAAACGUUAAUUCUAAUGUCCAGCGUGGCAACAGUUUGCAUUCGCACUGAUGGAUCCAGAUGCUCUUAAUUUUACUGAAAUCUUACAGCCUGUUUCAGGUCUGCCAGCCAAAACAAUCUUCUGGAGCCAUUCUUCAACCGUUUUACCCAGUAAAUAUGUUUUGAAAGGGUUAACUGUAGAAGUAAUGAGGAAACUAUGAAAGUAUUCUAACUGCUACUGUCUUUCACAAAAAAUCAAAGCCUUCUAUAGGAGUCAGUAAAACAAACACCUCAGCUUUGCAGGGCAGAACAUGUUUAUGAUAGCCUAUACGUCUAACCAAAUCACAUCUUCGUCAGAGCUUUUCAGAUCUUCACUUUAACAUGUUUUUAAAGAUAUGCAGCCAAUAUGCAUAAAUCCUUAAAGAUAUUAUCAUGUUUUGUUUUGUUUUUUUAAAAAGGACAGAAAUAAUGUAAAUCUCUCCAGGGCAGUGUCUUCAUGAGUCCACUCUGCCUGAAGUUCAAGUUGGAAAAAGUCAGUGGUGUUAAAAUGACUCCUACUCUUAUUAAGAAGAUAAAUCAGAGGGAUGCGGGGAGAUUGACCACAAACCUGAACAUUUUUGGAUAUUUUAGAAAAUGAAAUAAGUGUAAUAAUAUCAAUCUCAACUAAACUAAAUGUCUGUUGUCUGGUAUCAGGUCAUGAACCUGUUUAAUGUCAGUGAUUUUCUACCUUACUGAAUUCUAAUGCUGAUGAGACUGUUUAAACUUAAACUCCAUCAUCAUUUUUGUGUGUGUGUUUAACACAAUGUCACUUUUAUCUUUAUGCAAAAUCUUUUUUCCUGUUUGAGGCCUUUUGAUCUAAAGUUUAAUGAACUCUUACAUGUCUUUACUUCUGCUAACUAGGGCUGAAGAAAAUCAUGUCUUUUCUACGGUGGUCCUGAAGGUCAUGUGCACAAACACUUCAUGAGCAUAAAAAAAUAUCACCAAACACAAAAAACAAAAUACUCAGUAACUAACUUCAAAAGUGUUUCAUGAUUUGCAGAAACUUUUGACAUUUUGAGACAUUUUCUGCAUUUUGUUGAAUGUGUUUCUAUUUUAUUGAAAUAUUUUUCAAAAUACUUUUUGCUUUGAUAGUUUUUGCAUGAAGUUAAAUAUUUGUUUUUCUUGAAAUAUUUUUGGAUAGUGUUUUUUUUGGUUUUUAUUAAAAUAGUUUUGUGAAAUGUUUGUGCACUUCAUGAAAUAUUUGUAGUAAAAUAUUGUUGUUUUGCAGAAUGGUUUUUUGUUUAUGAAACUUUUUUUUCAUGAAACAGUAAUGGAAUUUCUCAGUUUUUUUUGUGAUAUGAAAUGAUUUUGAACAUAACCCUCAGGGCCACUGUACGUUAUUCUUCAGUUAAAAUGCAAAUGAUCUUCAGAGUUAGAGACCAUGAUGGUUUGCAGAAAUACAAAUUAUGCAUGGAGCACUUUGGUCGAUUUCAGACCAGUUAAACACAGAGAAGUUUAUUGAAAUAAACAUUUAUAAAAGUUUCUCUGCAGAGUGAGAGCAGCAGAUGCUUUUCCCCUAAAGGUACUUCUUUUCUUCCCUGUGAGUCUAAAAAUAAUCUUUCUGUCAAAUGUCUGCGCCUUAUACCCAGAGACCUUAUUAGAAGUUAGACUUUAGUUGGACGUGAAGAAAGCCUCUUUAUUCGACGACGCUCCUGGUCUAAAGGAAGAAGACUCUGUGUGUUCCUCUGAGAAGUUCUCACUAAAGCUGAUCUGCUCAAAUCACACGUCAGUUUUUAUGGUACCAAAUGUUUUUCCUGUUAACUCAGAUUUAUUUAAUUGAUGCAGCUACAGUGAGACCAUGUAAAAAAAAAAUGCAGCCGUUCCUGUCGGACUGUUAGUGUGGCUGUUUUAUGAAGGUGCCUCAGCAGUAGCAGCAGCCUCUGUACAACACAGGCCUGAUCUGUUGUUUUUCUUUUUUUUUGCUCCCUCUGACUGUUUACGCAGCGGGAUGUUACAUAUUUGACUUGAUAAUUUUAUUUUUAUGUAAGUGCAAAUAUAAUGUAAUUUUUUAAAGAAAGUGAUUACUAAUGUUCAAAUUAUUUUUAUUGAAAAAAAAGCUCAUGUUCAAAUUAAUUCUGUAUAACUUGGGUUGUGUUUGGGUUUAUUACUACAUGCAUUACCAUAACACUAUGUAAACUGUAAACUACAGUCACACUACAUGCACAGUGACCAAAAUAAUGCUAACACACCUCUUGUGCGGGUAAUUCUGCAGGUUUACUGUAUGGUGGUCACAGUAUCAACAUGUUGUAUGGUUAAACAGUAUCUUAACACUCAUUUCAGUGGGUUUAUGUUCUAUGCAAAGUCCUGAAAGUGCAAAAAGACCAAAAGUAUAAAAAAAAAAAAAAAGGAGUAUUAUGUUUGAUGAAGUUGCCACAGUGUUCAUGUCAGGGGAAUAAAAAUGCCAAAGGAUUUCCAAAUCAGUGAUGUGACCUUGAAUAAUUCAGAGAUUCUAACUGUGAACAUGUGACCCACUCUCAUUUAUGCACCGUCACCUCUCAGUUCCUUUGACAAGGGGGGGGGGGGCAAAUGUUGAUAAUGGUCAGGAACCUGGACUGAGGCCUACAUGAAUUACUUUGGAAGGAAUAACUGUGACUUUGAGUUUGAUAACGUUUCUCAGCAUUCAUGAUAUCUGGACUUAUUGACGGUCAUCUUUCAAAUCUUGUUUCUGUUUCUGAUUGUAUAAUCUAUUAAAAAUGGAUUGAAUGAUGUUUGUGGAGUUUAUUUUGUCUUAAUUAAAUCAGAUUUGUUCAUUUA